CUGUCUUCAAAUGUAGGAGUUAAGUGCGGACUUCCACACAGAUACGACCCACCAUUCUUCAUUAUGCCCCCCAGAAAUUCCAUUACUUUCCCCGAGGACACCAGCAAAAAGUCUGAGUCAAAAAAGUGCAACAUUUGCAAUGGAGAUCAAUGUGGAGCAUGAUAAGAGAACAGGAACAAGUCAAGUGGUCUCCACAGCAACCAUUAGCCCUGAAAAGAUGCAGGAGAGAGGUUUAAAGGUGUACGAGGAUGGACGCAAAUCGAUAUAUGCUUUAAACCCUGAUGUAGAUGAUGAAAUGACAUCCAAACAGGUAGAUGAGCUUCUACGACAGGCCACAGAUGAGAAUGUAGCUCGUGAUCUGCUUUAUCAUCAACCCGUCUAUUCAGUUGCUUACUCCGGAUCGAAGCCUCCAAAUAAAGCACAAGUGCUACCAAAAGGCCAAAUGCCUUCCAUAUCAUCCACCCAGCUUACUCAAGAACAAGUAGAACGAAAUACCCCAACCCAAUCCUUAAAUGAAGAAGAAAUGAUUGUGUCUGAUGAUCGCAUUCAAAGCCGAUCUGAAACUUUGAGUCCACGGAUUUGUGCGAAAACUGCACAAGAUAACAAAAAACCUGUGAACAGUCCAAAACAGGAACCUGUUGUCACAGUCAAAGUCAGGUCGGAAGAGAAGCCAAUGCCUUUACAGCUUGUUAGCACAGAUAAAAGUAGGACUUUGGUGCCUGGCCAUAAAGUUGAUUCUUUGCUAGGCAAAACAAAACCGGUUAUCAAAGCAGAGAGUUUUGCUUCGACAAAUCUUUUCAACAACCAAACAGGGGAGCUGGACUCAACACCCAUCACUAUGAUUUUUAUGGGCUACGAAAACGCUUCGGAUGAGGACGAUACGGAUUUCCAAGCGGAACUGGUGACGGUGGGAUGCAGUGACGAUGAGGAAGAAGUCGAUUAUAUCGGAACGAAAAACAACGGGGAGAUCCUCUCGUACCACCCCGAAGGAUACAAAAGCAAAAUAUUCCAACCUCAAGUCGCAAAAAUCUACAAAUGUAUGAGUAGAGAUGAUAACACAAACUGGAAUCAUUUCGGUCUGCAUAGGCCGACAUUCAUCCACAAGUCAGGAAACAAAGAGCAAGUUUAAAAAGAGUUUGUGAGCAAUCACGACUGAAAUUCUACCUAAUGAAUGAAUAGUCCAGCAUUAAAUGCACAGUUUUAUUAUUCUGCUAAUAAAAAAAAAAACUAAACACAUUCAGAUUUCUAAACUCUGAUGUGUGAAUUAGAACACUCCGUUUUUCUCUUUCUUCUGCAAAGGCCUUGUCCCUGGUUGCUUUCCCGUUCUUUUUGUGUGUUUUUGUUGCGUAAUGAGAAACAGAGAAGGGUGGGGGAGAGCUGGAGGUGGCAUUUCAAUUGUAAUUCUAGUAUCAAGGGUAGAGUUAUCUAAGUGCAAUUUCUUGCACUACAAAAACCUGAAAGAGCUGGGACUUUGGGUUCAUGUCUGUAUGAUUACUUUCAGGAAUAGAAAUAACGAAACAUAGGGCUUCUUAUUAGCUGUUGUUGAUGGAGCCCUGACUAGCAGAUUUGUGGUUAUGUCGUUAUUUGUUAUUUAUUUUAUAGUACAUAUUAAUUAUUCAAUAAAAAAUAUAUAUUUGACAACCA